CAGGUUGGGCUAGGCUGGAGGAAGAGGAGGGUUAACCACCUCUCUCUCACUCCUCCCCGUGCCUUCUAGGGGCCCUGCAGGCAAGUGCAGAGCCAUCCUGGGCAGCAGGGUGAAGCUCAUCUGGGCGAGCCUUCCCAAGGUACUGCCUUCUCCCAGAGUCUCACAGCAGGCCCCAGCUUUGCUGUCAGGCUUUGCAAGUCCCUUCUUGCUCCUGUCGGCUUCCCUAACCAGAUCUGUUUUUCUUCUUGGGCUGCUGGGAGUCUGGUGAGGGAGAGUCCGUGUGUCUCCCCCCCAACCCCUGUGAGCCUCUCAGAGAUGUUCAGUGCCUGGGAUCGCAGGGAGCGGCCCCCAGAGGAAGGAGCAGCUGCAGGGCUCCAGGGCUUCGGAGUGGACAAGACCUUCCUGUCUUCCCUCAAAGGCAUCUUGCUGGAAACUGAGCUGGCCCUGACCUUCAUCAUCUUCAUCUGCUUCACGGCCUCCAUCUCUGCCUACAUGGCUGCGGCAUUGCUGGAGUUCUUCGUCACACUGGCCUUCCUCUUCCUCUACGCCACUCAGUACUACCAGCGCUUCGACAGGCUUAACUGGCCUUGUCUGGACUUCCUCCGCUGUGUCAGCGCCAUCAUCAUCUUCCUCGUGGUCUCCUUUGCUGCUGUGACCUCAAGGGAGGGAGCUGCCAUUGCUGCUUUUGUUUUUGGCAUCAUCCUGGUCUCUGUCUUUGCCUAUGACGCGUUCAAGAUCUACCGGACUGAAUUGAUGCCCGGCACCACCGAGGGGGAGCAGCAGUGAUUCCAGGGUUUUCUGGCUUCCACGACCAGACACAGGAACCAUGGAUCCCAUAUUUGUCGUCUUUGAAUUCACUGAACCCCCAAGUGCCCAUCGU